AUGAUCCCAAUCCCGAAGCCCCAUGGAGUAUUAAUGCCCCGUGAUGAUUGGGCAGUCUUGUUUGAAUCCUUGAUUGGAGUUCACCCCAACUUUGGAAUCAAUCAAUUCAAUUCAAUCGAAAGUUUCCUUGAUCAACUACAAUCGGGAAUCUUUGUCUCCCUUGAUCAACUGCAAUCGGGAAUCUUUCUCUCCCUUGAUCAACUGCAAUCGGGAAUCUUUGUCUCCCUUGAUCAACUGCAAUCGGGAAUCUUUGUCUCCCUUGAUCAACUGCAAUCGGGAAUCUUUCUCUCCCUUGAUCAACUGCAAUCGGGAAUCUUUGUCUCCCUUGAUCAACUACAAUCGGGAAUCUUUCUCUCCCUUGAUCAACUGCAAUCGGGAAUCUUUCUCUCCCUUGAUCAACUGCAAUCGGGAAUCUUUGUCCUUUGUCACAUUCUCAAUGCACUUGAUGGACUCGUUGAUGGAAUCCCUGAAAUUCUUGACAGUGUUGUCAACAACUUG